AAACAUAGGCAUAUUUGUUAAAUCCCUCAACAGUUUUAUAUGGUUAAUCAAUGAUAGGAAAUGUUGACUGGUUGUAUAAAUAUGCCUCUCUCUCUCUCUCUCUCUCUCUCUCUCUCUCUCUCUUCUCACACCCCCCAACACCCCUCGGCAUCCCUCCCGCGUCCUCCCUUCUAUUGUGUCUUCUCAUAUCAGUUCAUUUAGUCUUGAAUUUCUAAUUACCUUGAAAACUAAGGGCAUUUGUUAAAGAAGAAAUGACGGAGCGUCAAGCUAUCUUCAAGAGAGAUGAUGACUCUUCAAGGAGCUCUACAAAUUCAUCGUUUACAGUUAGGACUGUAAGAUAUGGAGAGUGCCAAAAGAAUCACGCUGCAAAUGUCGGAGGAUAUGCCGUAGAUGGCUGCCGAGAAUUCAUGCCAUGUGGGCAGGAGGGAAGCAGUGCUGCACUCAUUUGCGCUGCCUGUGGCUGUCACAGAAACUUCCACAGAAGAGAAGUCGAAACCGUGGUAGUUUCUGACCAUUCUUCCCCUUCUUCAAACGGCUGUGGUUGUGCGCCUGUGUGGGGACUUUGGUAUUGACAUCUCUCUUGCCUAAAACCACUCAAUAAAAUAGGGAUAGUGAAUGAGACGUGCUGGUCUUUCUUCCAGAGGUACAAGGAGAAAAUAUGGAGGAUCCAAACAAGACUUUAUGCUGAUUGUUUAGUAACCUUUUUAACACAGAUUGUUGUAAGAAAUCCUAUGGUGAAUGGAGAGCAGUAAACAUUAUCAUAAUUAUGUAAAAAAAAUGUUGCUCCGUUGAAAAGACAUGUAUUUAUUCUGUUUUCAUUUCAAUUAAAAGG